CUAAAUCUUUAAAGUUUAAGGGACAAAUGUGCUUCCGAUGUAAGUUCCAGGCUGAAGUUUCCUUACAAUGGUGGAUAAGCUCCAGCCAGGGAGUGUAAAAAGCAGGCAGCGCUGGAACAGGCGGCUCCCUGCUUCAUUUAUUUGUCAUAGGUCCUUGUACCCUUGUACAUUUUAAAUGUGUCUGGCACGGAUGGAAAAAGAAAGAGCUAAACGUAGUCAUCGGUGCGUUGGGGGAGCUGACAUGGACCUGCCGAGAUGGCUGCUGUUUUGUACCUUUGGUUUUUAGGGGAUUUUGUUUGCUUUGUUGGUGUAAUCAUGUGCAUUGACUAUACAAUAACGACAGCCAGACACACACGCACAGCGCUCUGUUGCUGUUACAGAGUUCCUCGCACAACGCCGAAGGUUGCAGCUGGGGCAGCACUUAGCAGUUGUUUUGUGCAUUUCCUAAUUUUGCGCAUGUAGGGACAACAGUCAUUGAGGAAUGUAAUCCACAAUGCUAGUUCUCAGGGUGCUCAAUGUUGUUGCUCCAGCCUACUUCCUGUGCAUCUCCUUAGUGACCUUCGUCCUCCAGCUCUUUCUCUUCAUCCCCAGCAUGUUCAAAGACCCUUACACCACCCCACUUUUCUCUCCUGCUCUGCUGCAUGGGGCCCUCUUCCUCUUCCUCUCAGCUAAUGCCCUGGGGAACUACAUCCUUGUGAUACAGAACUCCCCUGAGGACCUUGGCAAGUGCCUGAACUCGGGCGGAGGAGCCGAAGUGGUGGCGGACCGGCCGGACAGAAGCAGGUCCCCUUGCUCAGCCUUGCCCAGCACCCACUUCUGUAGACUGUGUGCCAGAGUCACCCAAAGGCAUGACCACCACUGUUUCUUCACAGGGAACUGCAUCGGGAGCAGGAACAUGCGGAACUUCGUCAUGUUCUGCCUCUACACCUCCUUGGCUUGUCUCGACUCCCUGGUGGCAGGGCUGGCUUACAUUUCUGCAGUGCUCUCUAUGUCCUUUGCAAACCCACUGGCCUUCCUCACCCUCCUGCCUCACUCCAUCAGCCAGUUCUUCUCAGGAGCUCUCCUUAGCUCUGAAAUGUUUGUCAUUCUCAUGCUGUACCUCUGGCUUGGAAUUGGACUUGCCUGUGCUGGCUUCUGUUCCCACCAGAUACUGUUGAUCUUACGAGGGCAAACUCGCUACCAGGUGCGGAAGGGGAUGGUGGUAAGAGCCCGGCCCUGGAGGAAGAACCUGCAGGAUGUCUUUGGGAAGAGGUGGCUAAUAGGACUUCUCAUUCCUAUACUAAAUGUGGGAAGUGACUAUCACAGGCAUAAAGACAAGUAACUCUCCACAACACACACACACUGAUAUACCCCUACUUUCUCAUACUCUGCUGCAACAUGGCAAAGUUGGGAUAUUCCAUCUCUCAGUACUGCAGACUCUGGGGGGAAGGGAUUGGCUAGCAAACUGAACAGAAAUAAGGGAUUGUCUUUCUGUUCUGUGCUUGUACAGUGCCUAGCACAAUGGGGUCCACAUCCAUGACUAGGGCUCCUAGCCGCUAUGUUAAUACAAAUAAUAAAUAUUAAUAAGGAGAUCACAAACCAUGUAGAUGAAGAGAUACUGCCGCUUUGUAGACACAUCACUGCACCUGUGUACAUGGCAACAGUCUCUGUACUAUUAGAAAAAUAAUAUUCAAAUCCUCCUUUAGGCUCCUUUCUCACUCUUUUAUCUCCCCCCUCUCUCUUGCUCUCUCUCUUAUCUAACCUAUGCCUUCUCCCACAACUGGCAGCAGGAUCCUUCUCCAUUUAGCUGAUAGUCCAUGCUAUCAUGACUAGAUUGUAAGCAAAGUAUAUGUUCCUGUGGGGGGUUUCCAAGUUGGAGCUUUAUGAAGCAAAGUGACCUGAGACAGAAAGAAGCAUUUAACAAUGAAACUUUAGUGCAGCCAAACCCUCUAGGAAGAGGCUGCUAGGAAGGCAGAGAGAGUCUAGUCUCAAUUGACUAGAAAUUAGGGAUGGAAAGGACUUAUUAGGUCUCUUGAUCUCCAAUUAUUCUUGAUCUCUUCCC